GUCAUGGGCUUCGGGAGAUUCUGCCCCUUCCUGGCUCUCAGCAUCUUGGUCCUGUGCCAGGCAGGCGGCCUCCAGGCGGCGCCCUUCAGGUCAGCCUUGGAAAGCAACCCAGAUCUAGUCACAGUCAGUGAAGAGGAAGCGCGCCUCCUGCUGGCUGCACUGAUGAAGGACUAUGUGCAGUUGAAACUCAGUGAGCUGGAACAGGAUCCAGCAGCACAAGGCUUCAGCAGCAGCAGUGCUCAGAAGAGAGGCUGCAACACUGCCACCUGUGUGACCCAGCGGCUGGCAGGCUUGCUGAGCAGGUCUGGGGGAAUUGUGAAGGGUAACUAUGUGCCCACUGAUGUGGGCUCCAACACCUUUGGCCGGCGUCGCAGGGAUCUCGGGGCCUGA